AUGUCACAAAGAAUAGCAAAUUUCACUUUACCCAAUAUUUUUUAUAAUGUUACUGGAAAAGAAGCUGAAAAAUUAUUAAUAAAACAUGGUAUUGAGGGUGAAUUUUUAGUUAGACCAUCUUCUUCUGGUGAAAAUGCUUACUCACUUUCAAUACAUCGUGGUUCAAGAAUAACACAUGUUAAAUUAAAUAAAAAUGGGGAUUUUUUUAGUGUUAAAGAUUGUGAUAUAUUUACAUCAGUUACAGAACUUAUUAAUUAUUGUAUUGCUAAUGUUGGAUAUCUUAAAGAACAUAAUGGUGAUAUUAUUAUAUUAACUAGACCAUUAAGUUGGAAUGUCCGUAAAUAUGAUUGGAAUUAUUUUCAUCCAAAUAUUACAGGAUUAGAGGCAGAGAAAUUUUUAAAAGAAUAUAGUAAAAAAGGACUUUUUUUAGUUAGACAAAGUCAAUCACAUCCAACAGAUUUAGCUAUGAGUGUUAUGUUAGGUGAAGGAAAAGUAUGCCAUUUAAAAAUAAUUGUUUUAUCAGAUACAUAUGAUAUUGGUGGUGGUGAAAGAUUUCCAUCAAUGGAUAGAUUAAUUGAACAUCAUCGUAAAGUACCACUUAUUAUGGAUAAAGGUAAUGUAUUAAGAUUAGAAACAGGUUUAGCAACAACAAAAAUUUUUAUACCUGAUAUUGAUAUGAGAAUUGAACAAUUAACUAAAACUGAUCGUAAUGGUAAAACAUUAUUAUCAUCAGAAUUUGAUAGACUUCAGGCAUCUGAAUCACAAAGAGUUAUGUAUACCAGUCAAAAAUAUGGAAAAAAAGAUGAAAAUUUAGAUAAAAAUAGAUAUAAAAAUAUAGUACCAUAUGACCUUAGUCGGGUAAAAUUAAAGAAUGAAGGAACAAUUGAAAUGAAUGAUUAUAUUAAUGGAAAUUAUAUUGAAAUAUUAUCGUAUGAAUUUCCUGAUUUAGCAUGUAUAAAUAAACAUUAUAUAAGUACUCAAGGUUGUUUACCAAAUACAAUAAAUGAUUUUUGGGAAAUGGUAUGGCAAGAAGAAAGUCAUAUUAUUGUUAUGGUUACAAAAGAAAUUGAAAGAAUGAAAAUUAAAUGUACAAGAUAUUGGCCAGAAAAUAAUAAAGUAUUAACAACUGGAAGAUAUAAUGAUAUUGAAGUUUAUUUAGAAGAAAAAAUUGAUAUGAAAUAUUUUAUAAUUCGAAUUUUAGAAGUAUAUAAAUAUAAAGUUGUUAAUAAUAUUGGUGAUAAAACAAUUAAAAUUGGUAAAAGAACAAUUUAUCAUUUUCAAUAUAUUGGAUGGCCUGAUCAUGGUUGUCCAAAAGAUCCAUAUGAAAUUGUUACAUUUUUAAAAAUUGUUAAUGAAUAUUCAUAUAAUAAAUGUCCUGUUGAUCAGGGACCAAUGAUUGUUCAUUGUUCAGCUGGUAUUGGAAGAACAGGAACAAUUAUAGCUAUUGAUAUUAUAACAGAAUAUAUUAGAGUUCAAGGAUUAAGAUGUUUUAUAGAUGUCCUAACAUCUGUUAAAAUGGUUCGAGCACAACGUAGUGGAAUGGUUCAAACAGAAUUACAAUAUAAAUUUGUUUAUGAUGUUGUUGCAGCAUUUAUAAGAGAUCGAAUAAGAGAAUAUGAAAUAAAUAGACAAAAAAAUGAUAUAAAAAUUCUUAAUCCAACUACACCAAAUAGCGCAAAUACAAUUUCAUUAACAAGUAGUAAUUCCGGUAGUCCAAAAAAUAACCAUUCUCAGGAGAUAUAUGGUAAUUCAAAAUCACCACAAUUAUCAAAGUUUGAAUUUUCUGGUUAUAAUACUAAUAGUAAUAAUGAUUUUCAAGAGAUUAUACAAAUGCAUGAUGAUGAUCAUCGAAAUUAUACACCAUCACAAAGAUCACCAAAAGAUUUAAUUAAUAUAGAAUCAUCAAAAAAUAUGUAUAUUAACCCAUUAGGUGAAAGGUUAACUAUAACUCAAAAUAAUUUGACUCAUCAGUCACCAUUUGAAGUUAAUAAUAUAUCACAUGAAGGUAAUUUAAUUAUGCCAGAAAAAGUUAAACUUCAACCACCACCAUUACCUAAAAGAAAAAAUCCACCAAAAGAAUCUAUAUAA